UGUGAAAUGUAGAGGUGCUGCUCCUUCUGGCAUUAAACCAACCACCACGGGCUGAACAAGCUGUUCAAUGCUGCCCUGCAUGUUCAGUCCAGACAGCGCGAGACGUUAUAAUAUACAGUUGCACGAGACCGAAAAUACUCAGUGACGUCAGGAGAUCGGGGCGCUGCUAACCGGAAAAAAUGAGGGAAGAUGAAGCCCACGGUCUCGCUUCUCCUUCUGGUCCUGCACGCUGUUGCAGGACUCCACCAAGCCCAAGUCAAGACCUCUCUACUAGAUUUUUCCAGGAUCCUUCCCAGCCUCAGCAGGCCAGCGAAUCAGAGCCGCAUCUUCUACGCAGUGAUGUUUGAUGCAGGGAGCACAGGGACACGCAUUCAUGUCUACACCUUCAUCCAGAGUGACUCAAAGCAGCUGCCUGUUUUGGACAAUGAGAUGUUCCAUUCUGUGAAGCCUGGUUUGUCAGCAUAUGCUGACUUCCCUGAAAUGGUCAGUCAAACGGUGAGCAUGUUGUUAAAAGUGGCGAGGAAGACGGUGCCUCGUCUGGAUUGGAAAAGAACGCCUUUGGUCUUCAGAGCCACAGCUGGAUUUCGACUGCUGCCCACAGAGAAAGCCCAGGCUCUUCUGGACCAGGUUCAACACGUGUUUGACGAAUCUCCCUUUUUGGUCCCAAGCAACAGCGUCAGCAUUAUGAACGGCACAAACGAAGGAGUUCUGGCCUGGAUUUCUGUAAACUUUCUGACAGGUCAUCUGAAUGCAGCUGCCAAGAAGACAGUGGGAAUAUUGGAUUUGGGAGGAGGAUCCACACAGAUCACUUUCCUGCCCAAACAAAGGAAAACCAUUGAAAGCGCCCCUGUUGCUGAUUACGUUGCCAAAUUCAACUUCUUCAACUCAACAUUUGAAUUGUACUCUCACAGUUAUCUUGGAAAUGGACUAAUGACAGCACGAGUCGCCACACUGGGUGCUCCAGUUGCAGACGGCUCCAUUCAUGACGUUAACAGCAUUGCAUUACAACCAACUUUGGGGUUGGCGGGUCAAAUUUUUAAUAGCUCCUGUCUGCCUAACAAGUUCAGGGAUGAGUGGAGCUUUGGCGGGUUAACCUAUCAAGUGAGCGGAAACCCAGAUGGUGAUGCAGGAUACAAGCAUUGUUAUCAGGAAGUACUUAAGGUGGUGAAGGGGGUUAUUCAUCAGCCGUACAAGCUUGAAGACGGCAGUGUUUUCUAUGCAUUCUCCUAUUACUUUGACAGAGCUGUGGAUGCAGGCCUUAUCGAUGGUGUCCAAGGAGGGAUGCUGCAGGUCAAAGACUUCAAGAAGAGAGCCAAAGAAGUGUGCAACAAGAUGACCAAGCACCCAACCACCAGUCCUUACCUGUGUAUGGACAUGACCUACAUCACUUGUCUUCUCAAGGAUGGGUUUGGUUUCAAGGAGAGCACCGUGCUGCAGCUGGCCAAGAAAGUGAACAAUGCUGAGGCCAGCUGGGCUCUAGGUGCUACAUUGGACCACUUCCACAACCUGAAGAUCUGCUGAGGCGAGCUCAAGAACAGACGAUGAGAUGCUAAUUCAUGUGGUACUCAUUAACAAACACGUGUAAUGUGCACUGCCUUUUCUAACAGUUUCAUACAGUCAAAAA